GAGGCAGCGGGGAGCGCCCGUGAGCCGAGACCGAGGCCGCGGGCUCCGGGCCGCCGGCGCAGCUCGAGCGCUUUCCGCGGGGUUUGGCUCCUGUCGCUUCCCGUCUCGCCGAACCUGCAUCGCCGCCAACAGAGCCGCCGCCGCCGGAGCCGCCGCGGCGAGUCCUCAGAGCCGGGCUGCAGGCGGCCGGGCGCUCCGGGACGCGGACGCAGAUGAAGAGAAGUAAAGAAUUGAUAACUAAAAAUCAUAAUCAAGAAGAAAUAAGUAUUCUUCGUUGUUGGAAAUGUAGAAAAUGCAUAGCAGGUUCUGGUUGUUUCAUGGAAUGUCUUGAGCAUCAAGUGACUAAGGAUAGACAUGACUCAGCUGAUGAUCAAAAUAUUUGUCAUGUGUGGCAUAUGGAUAUAGAAGCCCUUCCAGAAUGGAUACACUGCCUAAUACAAAAAGCCCAGUGGACAGUUGGAAAACUGAAUUGCCCUUUCUGUGGGGCCCGUUUAGGGGGCUUUAAUUUUGUCAGCACUCCAAAAUGUUCCUGUGGCCAGCUUGCAGCUGUACAUCUCUCCAAAAGCCGGACCGAUUAUCAGCCAACACGGUCAGGCCGACUAAUGAGACCCUCGCUGAAAUACUUGUCACAUCCUAGAGUUCAGUCAGGUUGUGACAAGGAAACUCUGCUGACAGGUGGCGCCUCCAAAAACAGAAAUCACGGGCUUUUAAACAUGGCCCAAAAUAAUAAUGGUCCUGGAAGAUUAACGGAAGCACUCUGCCUGGAGGUACGGUCAACAUAUUUCAAGAUGAAGAACGAAAAACUGCUCUUCAAAGCAUCAGAUCCAAAAUAUCAGCUUUUUGUUCCGCAGCUUGUGACCGGCAGAUGCACUACGAGAGCUUUUCAUAGAAAAUCACAUAGCUUGGAUCUGAACAUCAGUGAGAAACUGACUUUAUUACCCACUUUAUAUGAAAUCCAUAGUAAGACUACUGUGUAUCCCAGGCUAAAUGAAACGCAGCCUGUUGACCUUUCGGGCUUGCCUUUAGAAUCGAGUAAAAAUAACCGUUCCUUUCAGAUUUCAUCCAGUUUUGAUCCUAAUAUGCUGCUGCAAAGAUUUUCAGUGGCUCCCCGUGAGACCCAGACACAAAGAGGAGGAGAAUUUCAGUGUGGUCUAGAAGCUUCUGCAGUGUACUCUGGCCAUGCUAGUUCUAACAACCUGACUUUCCUGAUGGACAUGCCCUCAGCUGGCAGGAGCACACUGGAGGCCCCAGACCAGGAAGAGCACCUCUCUCCUCUGGACUUCCUGCACUCAGGCAGUUUUUCAUUGGGUGCCAUUAAUCAGAGGCUCAGUAAGAGAGAAAAGAGCAAGCUGAAGAAUCUGAGACGGAAACAACGAAGGCAUGAAAGAUGGCUGCAGAAGCAGGGUAAAUGUCCAGGAGUGGGAUUGCUGGAUCAUAUGACUUUGGAUAAUGAGAUGAGUACAGAUGAUGACAAUGAAUAUGCAGAAGAAAAGGAGAGCUACAUCUGUGCAGUGUGUCUGGAUGUUUAUUUCAACCCCUACAUGUGUUACCCUUGCCACCACAUCUUCUGUGAGCCCUGCUUACGGACUCUUGCCAAAGACAAUCCUGCAAGCACUCCCUGCCCAUUGUGUCGGACAAUUAUUUCCAGAGUCUUUUUCCAGACAGAACUGAACAAUGCCACAAAAACAUUCUUUACUAAAGAAUAUUUGAAAAGAAAACAAAGCUUUCAGAAAUCCAGCUCUGCAAAGUGGCCCCUACCAAGCCGCAGAAAAGCAUUCCAUCUUUUUGGAGGUGUUCUGCUCCACAUCAUCCUAAGCUUUAGGACCCAGGAUGACAGAGCAGCCUCUAUCUGGUACACUGCUGGUUGUGGAGGAGGAAAAGAGACAGCUGCAGCAUCUCAGACUGAUAAAUGCUCUACCCAGAAGCAACACACAGCAUUUUCUUUGGACAGUCGUUUUCGUUUGUCAAGUCUGGUGGCCAUGCCUAAGGGGCAGGGAAGUGCAAACAAACCAGGUUUCCACAGACGUGCAGCUCCAGUUACAAGAAGGCAGUUUCCACAUGGUGCACAUAGGAUGGAUUAUCUGCACUUUGAGGAUGAUAGCCGUGGAUGGUGGUUUGACAUGGAUAUGGUGAUCAUCUAUAUUUAUUCAGUGAACUGGGUCAUUGGAUUCAUUGUUUUCUGCUUUCUUUGCUAUUUUUUCUUUCCAUUUUAGGAAUUUUCCUACCUUACUAUGGUUGAACAAUUACAAAUGAUGUAGGUAACAAUUACUUAAACAUUUUUUUAAAUGUGCUUUGAAGUUUUUAUAAUGUUGCAUUAUAUAAAUUGUUGGUGUUUAUAGAAAAUCUGAGAAUGGACUUAUUUAUGAAUGU